AUGAAAAGUAAACUUCAUAUGAAUAUUCGAAUUACUUGGGCUAAUCUUGGUAUAUCAUAUUUUGCUAUUGCAAUUGGUACUUUAAUAAUUUCAAUUAAUGAAAUUAUUACACAUAAUCAUGUUACUAGUAAAUUGUACAUUGCUGGAUAUAUUUUGAAGACAUAUGGUAGCAGAGUUAAUAGAUUUGCUUUUUUAGCAAUUGCUUUAGAAAGAAUCAUUUCAACAAUAUUUUUUCAACAAUAUUCUAAUAAUCUAUUAAAUUAUAUUGGAUGGAUAUUGUCAUUGAUAAGUAAUAUACUUGGCCUUGCUUGGUUUUUAACAACAGAAUUUCAAAUUAUGUCAGCUAAACUUAAAAAUGAUUUACAUCUUAUCAUAUUAGUACCAACAAUAUUUAUUUUUAUUCUUAUAUUUAUAUCAAAUUACAAAUUAAGGAAACAUUUUUUGGAUGCUAAAUUAAAAGAAAAAUAUCAAAUUACUCAAAAUAAGGAAAUGUCUUUAAAAAUUUUACCAAUAAUAUCAGUUGCAUUAUCUGUACAAUUAGCUGGAAGUGUAAUUACUCGUGCUAUUGCUUCUGCAAUAUAUAAUGGUAAAUAUUCAGGUUUUGAUAUUGAAACAAUUUAUUAUUCUCUGAGUAAUAUUCAAUUACCAAUAAUAUCAAUAAUAUCCUUUUUAAUUUUCGAUUCUUGUUCAGUUAAAUUAUGUUUUUUUAUUAAUAAAAAAAAAGCCAGUAUCAUUCCAAAAUUCAAAAAUAAAGAAACAGAAAAAGAAAUUUAUUUUUCUAAUUAUAGAAAAGCUUGGAAUUAA